AGUGCGGCGGCUUUGGCGCAGUGCGGUGGCUGUAGGAGUACCUCAGCAGGUCCAGGAGAGUCCCAGCAGGUCCAGGAGAGAAGCAGGAGGGUCCCAGCAGGUCCAGGAGAGAAGCAGGAGGGUCCCAGCAGGUCCAGGAGAGAAGCAGGAGGGUCCCAGCAGGUCCAGGAGAGAAGCAGGAGGGUCCCAGCAGGUCCAGGAGAACCUCAGCGGAUACCAGGAGCCAAGAUGAGCGCCUACGACCCCUUCAGCCCCCUGCGGAAGCCCUGGGAAGACCACCGCUAUGGCCGCACCGCCAAGUCCAGCGUCUCCUCCACCCUGUACGCCUCCCACCGCCCGUCCACCCCCAAGCGCUCGGCGCGCCCCGGCUCGGUGUCCUCGCUGCCCAGCUACGCCGAGAAGCUGGACCUGGCCCAGGUGAGCACCCUGAACGCCGAGCUACUGACCCUGCGCGCCCAGGAGCGGGAGCAGCUGAUGGACCUCAACGACCGCUUCGCCACCUACAUCGAGAAGGUGCACUACCUAGAGCAGCAGAACAAAGGUACUCCUGGUGAGCUGGAGGCGCUCCGGCAGAAGCAGAGCGACCCGUCCCGGCUGCACCUCAUGUACGAGCAGGAGAUCCGCGGGCUGCGGGCGCUGCUGGACUCCGAGAGCGCCGAGAAGGCGAGGAUGGAGGCGGAGAGGGAGCGCCUCCGGGAGGUGUACGGCCAGGCGAAGGAGCGGUACGAGGAGGAGGUGAGGCUGCGGAUAGAGGCGGAGGGAGAGCUGCAGAAGGCUCGGGAGGGCGCCGACAAGGCGCUGCUGGCCAACAGCGACGUGGAGGGCUCCAUCAGCUCGCUGGUGGAAGAGAUCGCCUUCCUGAAGAAGGUGCACGGCGAGGAGAGCGCCGAGCUGGCCGCCCAGGUGCAGGCGGCGCACCUGACCGUGGAGGUGGAGGUGGCCAAGCCCGACCUGGCGCUCGCCCUGCGGGAGAUCCGCUGCCAGUACGAGAAGCUGGCGCACAAGAACAUGCAGGCGGCCGAGGACUGGUACCGCACCAAGUUCGCCACCGUCUCCGAGCUGGCGAGCAGGAACAGCCAGGCGGUGCGCUCCAUCCGGGAGGAGACGGCCGAGUACCACCGGCUGCUGCAGUCCCGCGGCUCCGAGAUCGAGGGGCUCCGCACCGUCAUCGAGCAGCUGCAGAGGCAGCUCGAGAGCCUGGAGGACAGGCAGGCCAAGGAGGUCGGCAAGUACCAGGACCGGAUCAGCGAGCUGGAGAAGGAAAUCAAUGAUGCCAAGCAGGAGAUGGCGCGCUACCUGCGGGAGUACCAGGACCUGCUCAAUGUCAAGAUGGCGCUCGACAUCGAGAUCGCAGCCUACAGGAAACUUCUGGAGGGUGAAGAAUUCCGUCUGAGCUUCUCAUCGCUGCCGCCCUACAGUUAGAGCGAAGCCUGCGGACCCUGGUGUAGCCCUGCGCCGAUUCCCUCAUCGCCUGGCUGCUCCCUCCCCCCUCCCCCUGUCCCCCCCACAGCCUGGUAACACCGGUCCGUCCGUCCGCCACCUGUGAACACGCGUGUUCACACACCGGUGCACGCACACACUUGCACGUGUGGGUGCGCAGUGGCAUGUCUGUGUAAGAGCACAAGUACAUAGCUGUCCCCCUCCCUGUAACUGCGCACACAGCACACGCGUGUUCAUGGGGGUGACCUUAGGGGUUGGGGGGCACUGACCCUUCCCAUCUGUAUGAUGGCUUCCUGCCUGAACUCAGCCCCUUGGUACCACACUCACUGGGAUCAGUAAAUGUCCCCCACUGAUCUCACCCACCCUCCCGACCCAGGGGAACCCCGUUGUCCUUCUCCUAUCCCUCAUGUCCUACCCUUGACUCCUAUGCACUCUGACCCCUUGCCCCUUGUACAUCAACCCCUUCUACACUAACCUGUCCUAACGCCCUUUGAUCCCUGCCCCUUAUGGACUCCCUGACCCAACGCCCUUUGAUCCUCGCCCUUCACUUCCUGACCCAAUGCCCCCUGGUCCCUACCGCACACCCCUCCCCCUCCCAUCAACCCCCCUCCCCUGAGUAUUCUCCUGUCUCUCUGUCCCACCAGGGUGUGUCCCCAUGAGGGGUGUGAUGUUGGAGGGGGAAGAGCUGGGGUUAUUGGGUGUUGCUCCCUGCCCCCUCCCCGAGGGUGUGGGACCACUCCAAGGUCCACGGUGCCAGCUUCUCACCACAGAAGUGUCAGGAUGGGCGGAGGGGGUCACCUGGACUGGUGACCAGGGGUGUUGGGGUUGCAGAUGGAAGAAGAUGGGGUCUGAUGGAGGGACUGGGAUGGUGAUGGUGGGGGGGACAGACUGCCAGAGCUCUGCUGCCAGGGCUGAUGCAGGGGGUGACCUGGGCUUCUGCUGAGGUUGGUACCAUUGCUCUGAGAGUGAACAAGAUUCGUCUCCCCACCUGGGACCCCAGCACUUGGUGACCACUGACCGAUGAAACCACCGCCCUGCGGCGGGUCACAAGCAGUCCGGGGAGGUUGGGAUGGAAUCGACGCCCCAGGAUUCGGUGGGAGCCGAGCUGCCGAGUUGUCAGCCAGUGCUGACGGAGCGCUUCAGGUGAAUUCACCCUCACCAUGAACUGUGGAGACAGAGGCAGGAACCCAGAGCUCACCGCACCCAACACACAGAACCCCGAAUAUUGACCAUCAACCCGCUACACAGAGAGCUGGCAACCCAGAGCUCACCACACCCAACACACAGAGACCCCCAAUUAUCAACCACCUACAGACAGAGGCAGGGCCUACAGCUGACUGCACCCAACACAGAGACCCCCGACAUCACCCACCCUCCCUACUCCCCCAUAUUGCAGCAGGGACACUGAUCCCCAACCGUGUGAGAAGGGAGGUUGUAACCCAUCCCUGUGUGUCCCUGAACCCCAGUGUUCUGAGUCCAUGAUCCCAACAGGAAGCAGGAAUGUACAUGUCCCCCAUCAGCGGGAGACCCUGAACCCCAACGGGGAAAGCGCAGCUGAUCACCAUCACUGAACCCCCCCCCCCCACCCUUCCUGAGAGAUACCAGACCCAAAACUGGGGGUGGGGAGGAGACCAACGCUGAGACCCUGGAGCCAUCGGUGAAAGAGAUGGGUACGGGGGAGCCCCACACCCAACUGAGAGAUGUGCCGUCUGCAGCAACAGAGAGGGACCCCCAGCACUGAGAUACCACCACCACUCCCCACCCUCCGCCCCCCCCCCCCCCCCGCUGACACUGAGAGAGCCCUAACACUAGGAGAACCCCCCCAUCCCACCCGCCUACACAGGGAGAGGCUGUGAAUGUGGCGGGGGCAGAAGGUGAUCCCCAGACCCAUUGGAUGACGUGGAGCCUGAAUCCCCAACCCUAAAGAGGAGGACUGAACCCCCACAUCGAUGCCGUACACCAACACAACCUGAACCCCCACACCGACGCUGUACCCUGACACACCCCGAACCCCAACACACCCCAGACUCCCACACCGACGCUGUACCCUGACACACCCGAAACCCCCACACCGACCAGUCUCCCGACACACCCUCAAACCCCCACUCUGACCCCAUACCCUGACAUACUCUGAACCCAAACCCCCACACCGCUGUACCCCGACACACCCUGAACCUGCACACUGCCCCGUACCCUGACACACCCCAAACCCGCACACCGCCCCCCACACCCCAAACCGUCACACUGAACCCUGUACCCUGACGCACCCCAAACCCUCACACUGACCCUGUACCCCAACACACCCUAAACCCCCACCCUGUACCCUGACACACCCCAAACCCUCACACUGAACCUGCACCCCGCCACACCCCAAACCCCCACACUGACCAGUCUCCCGACACCCCCCCCAAACCCCCGAUCUGACCCCAUACCCCGACACACACCAAACCCCUGCACUGAGCCCAUACCCCCACACUAACCCUGCACCCUGACACACCCGAACCCCCACACUGACUCCAAACCUCACA